CUCUCUCUCUCUCUCUCCUAUAAUUCUUGCUUCAGUGGAAAGACAGAGAAGCACCAAAACGAAUACUAAGAAAGGAUGGGGAGAGCUCCUUGCUGUGACAAAGCUAGCGUCAAGAAAGGCCCAUGGUCACCUGAAGAAGACGCCAAGCUCAAGGAAUAUAUUGAGCAGCAUGGUACUGGUGGAAACUGGAUCGCUUUGCCACAAAAAAUUGGCCUUAAGAGGUGUGGGAAGAGCUGCCGCCUCAGAUGGUUAAACUAUCUCCGCCCAAACAUCAAGCAUGGAGGAUUCUCUGAAGAAGAAGAUAAAAUUAUUUGCAGCCUCUAUAUUAGUAUUGGGAGCAGGUGGUCUAUUAUUGCUGCACAAUUACCGGGGAGGACUGAUAAUGAUAUAAAGAACUAUUGGAACACAAGGCUUAAGAAGAAGCUGCUUGGCAAGCAACGAAAAGAGCAACAGUCUCGUAGAGGCAACAGCCUAAAGCAAGAGAUGAAGAGAGGGAACGGGAAUUCCAUGAUUCCUGAUCAUAACAAUCAAAGCCCUUACUGGCCAGAGCUGCCUGUGCUGGCGCCCAUACCAUACUCAAGUGAAGACCAACGCAUUGACAGCCAAGCCUCAAUGAGAAGAUUACUAAUCAAGCUUGGAGGAAGAUUUUCUGAAGCUGAACAUGUGAUUAGUGAUGGGACAACUCUUCAUCAGUUUCCAAAUGAUUCAUCCUCCACUCAGCAACUUUAUGAGCAGACUGUCCAUAUGCCUUCUUCUUCUCCUCCCAUGGAUGCCUUAAACAAUAAUAUUGGUACUCAGUUUGUGAACUCCCCGUACACAACUAUAGAUGCAACAAAUCUGCACAUGCUGCAAGGACAAAGCAGUUUUUCAUCAGAACUCCAGGAAAUGGCAUAUAGCAACCCACAAAGAUUAGAUGGAAUGGAGUUCUUAUAUGGGGAAGACAUGAUCAAUAAUAGGGCUGUGAAUUCUUGUGUAAGCAUUGGAUGGGGUGAUACAAGCUCUCUGGUUUGCCCUCCUGUUACUUCAGAAUAUGGAGGCAUGCAACAAGGAAUACUGCAAGAAUAUGCAUUCAGUGAGUUGAGAUACCCAGGAGCAUAACAGCAUGCCGUAGAUUGAAUGUAUUAAAUUGGAAGUAAUAGGAAAGGGCGGUGCUAGAAUCUUAGAGGGAAAACCCUAAUAAUAAUCUGGUUCACUUAUAUGCUUGCUUUCUUUUUGUUAAUGCUUACUCUAUUUAAUAGUGACUGUAAUUUAUCUGACUAUUUUUUUUAUCUUCAUGAAUUCUUUCUUCUACUAUGUUUUUCAUA